CGCAUCCAGCACAUAACAGAGGCUUUCUUCACAUUUCCUAUGCUUCAGUCAGAAUAUGGACACACAGACAGGCGAUGGUAGCGAUUUUCAACAAAUCUGACGGCGACAGCUGGUGACUUGACUUGCCGUCAUUCUGAGGAUCACACUGUGUGCAGGGAUCACCGCCUCACGACCACCGCUGCCCAGAGUGCGGCUCAGGCGCGAGCCCGCCACCGGCACCAUGAUGGAGGGCGGCAUGCAGCUGCUCAACCGCGAUGGCCACAGCAUCUCGCACAACUCGAAGCGACACUACCACGACUCCUUCGUGUCCAUGAACCGGAUGCGACAGCGCGGCCUGCUCUGCGACAUCGUGCUGCACGUCUCCAACAAAGAGAUCAAGGCGCACAAAGUGGUGCUGGCGUCCUGCAGCCCCUACUUCCACGCUAUGUUUACCAACGAGAUGUCGGAGAGCCGGCAGACCCACGUGACCCUCCACGACAUCGAUCCCCAGGCCCUGGAGCAGCUGGUUCAGUACGCCUACACGGCGGAGAUCGUGGUCGGGGAGGGGAACGUGCAGACGUUGCUCCCGGCGGCGAGCCUGCUGCAGCUGAACGGGGUGCGGGACGCCUGCUGCAAGUUCCUCCUCAGCCAGCUGGACCCCUCCAACUGUCUGGGCAUCCGAGGCUUCGCCGACACGCACUCCUGCAGCGACCUGCUCAAGUCGGCGCACAAGUACGUCCUGCAGCACUUCGUGGAGGUUUCCAAGACCGAGGAGUUCAUGCUGCUGCCGCUCAAACAGGUCCUGGACUUGAUCUCCAGUGACAACCUGAACGUGCCGUCGGAGGAGGAGGUGUACCGCGCCGUGCUGAGCUGGGUCAAACACGACAUCGAUGGACGCCGGCAGCACGUGCCAUGGCUGAUGAAGUGCGUGCGGCUGCCGCUGCUGCGGCGGGACUUCCUGAUGAGCAACGUGGACACGGAGCUGCUGGUGCGCCACCACUCGGAGUGCAAGGACCUGCUGAUCGAGGCGCUGAAGUACCACCUGAUGCCGGAGCAGAGGGGCGUGCUCAGCAACAGCCGGACGCGCCCGCGGCGCUGCGAGGGCGCCAGCCCCGUGCUCUUCGCCGUGGGUGGCGGCAGCCUGUUCGCCAUUCACGGAGACUGCGAGGCGUACGACACCAGGACGGACCGCUGGCACAUGGUGGCGUCCAUGUCCACUCGGCGGGCUCGGGUGGGCGUGGCCGCCAUCGGGAACCGGCUGUACGCCGUGGGAGGGUACGACGGCACCUCGGACCUCGCCACCGUCGAGUCCUACGAUCCCAUCACCAACGCCUGGCAGCCGGAGGUUUCCAUGGGAACGCGGCGGAGCUGCUUGGGUGUCGCGGUCCUGCAUGGGCUGCUGUACGCUGCUGGAGGUUACGACGGAGCGUCCUGCCUUAACAGUGCGGAGCGUUACGACCCUCUCACCAGCACCUGGACGUCCAUCGCCGCCAUGAGCACCCGCAGGAGAUACGUCCGAGUCGCUACUCUGGAUGGCAGCUUGUAUGCGGUGGGAGGUUAUGACAGCUCCUCGCAUCUCGCAACAGUGGAGAAAUACGAUCCUCAGAGCAACACGUGGACGGCCAUCGCCAACAUGCUGAGCCGGCGCAGCAGCGCCGGCGUGGCGGUGCUGGACGGCAUGCUGUACGUCGCCGGGGGCAACGACGGCACCAGCUGCUUGAACUCGGUGGAGCGGUUCAACCCCAAGACCAACACCUGGGAGGGAGUCUCCCCCAUGAACAUCCGCAGGAGCACCCACGACCUGGUGGCCAUGGACGGCUGGCUGUACGCCGUGGGAGGCAACGACGGCAGCUCCAGCCUCAACUCCAUCGAGAAGUACAACCCGCGCAGCAACAAGUGGGUGGCGGCGUCCUGCAUGUUCACGCGGCGCAGCAGCGUGGGCGUGGCCGUGCUGGAGCUGCUGAACUUCCCCCCGCCCUCCUCGCCCACCCUGUCAGUCUCCUCCACCAGCCUUUGACACGGGGUCACCGUUUGGCUGAGCUCAGCUCCCCCUGCUGCUACGGCCCAGGCCGGAUCUGGGAAGAGACGCAACUGCUCGGUUUAGGAGGAGGAAGCACGGAGGGCGGAGAGCGGAGGGCGGCGGAUGGUGUGGUGGAGGAUCCUCGCUCGAUGCUGCAGAAUUAGUGACUUUUUUGGUGAAGGUGGGGAAAAAAAACAUAUUGACAACCUCAGUAAUGAACAGCCUGUAAUCUGAGUCUCUAUCAGGAGCUAAGGCCCCGUUUACACCACAGCCAGUCCCGAAACGUUGUCUUGUAAACGGGGCCUUAGUGCAGCGCCGCCGCCGCCGCCUCGAUCUGACGCGUUCCACUGAGGUUUGGAGUGAUAAACAGAGGUCGGUACGUAAUUGAUCCCAUAAUCCUGCGCGGGAUUCACCAUGCUGUGAUUAAUUCUGUCCUGUUCUGCAUCAGCUGGAGAUUACAGUUACACACACACACACACACACACACACACACACACACACACACACACCAUCUCCGCCCUCACGAGAGAACCAAAUCGUUCCUGGAAGAAGAGGAAGUGAGUAUCCAGACACUCCGGUGUUCCAAACAUCUUUAAUUUCUGUCAUGUGUGACGUAAAUGUUUUUUUUUUUUCAAGUCAGAAGUUUAACGCAAUAAUGUAAAAAAAGAAAAAAAUAGAGCGAGAGAGAGGAAGUGAAUGAUUUUACUUUUGGAAUGUAGCUUUUAGCUGGUUGUACCAUGCAUGUUUAGUAUUGGCACUAAUUCCCUACAAGAGUUAAAAAAAAAAAAAAAAAAAAAAGAAGAAGUUGUAGUGCUGCUCUGCUACACUAGGUGGCAGUAACAGGCAAGGGGAGCAUGGACACCAACACACACACACACAAACACACACAGACCACGGCCUUCAGCUCUUCAUGAGACUGGAUCCUUUUUUUUAAACAUUCAGAGUUACGUUGAGCUAUAUCUAUUUAUAAAAUAUGUAUGAAUUCUAAUAUAUUCUGUUUUAAAGAUGCUUCGAGGAGAAAAUCCAAGCAAUGCCUAUUUAAGAGUGUUUUUUU